AUGGCUUUUGUGCGAUAUUUGCAUUUGCACUUUCGGGAAUAUUCCGAUCAACUAUCUGAAGAGGACAUUAUCUCUCCGGACAAUCUUUUGUCUGGCUGCAAACUCCAUUCCUCAAAUGGCGUCGUCAAGCAGGAGCUCAUCUGCCACCUCCUCACCGAUACUCGCUUUUCUCUGUUCUGCAAUGGCAACUGCAAUCGUAACCGCUGGCGCUACUGCUGCCUGAACCUCUACUGA